UCAGACUACACAGGGCUUGUUUGUAGUCUGUUACCAUGGAGACACAUAGGUCUGCCUUAAAGUUGUAUACACAAAAGAGGCUUUUUAUUUAAUUUCAGAUGUAUUGGAGCAAUGGAAAAUUGGUUGCCCUUUGAGCACGUUCCCAUCAUCCUCUUGGUUUCUAGCCACAUGUUACAUACAGGAAUAUAAGCAAAUUUUAUGUAAAACCGGAGGAAGCGCUCGCUCAUAACCUGGAAGGCAGCCAUGGUCUCCUGAACAUCCAUCUCUCAGGACCCAGGUUGGGGUAGACGACCAUCAUGAGUGACAUCGUGCCCAGGAUAUCCAACAAGGAACUAUCCGAGCUCAUCGACCGGCUCCAGAAGAAUGCCGACCAGGUGGAGCGCAACGUGGUGGACACCGACUCCAAGCUGCAGAAGGAUGUGGAGAAGAUUCUCGCCCAGCAGCCUGUGAUGUACAAAGAGUCCACGGACAACAUCAUGUCCGAGACGGAAAAAAUCUUAGUGGUCCUGGAGACGGACGCCGUUAUGGCCCGCCAUAUGAAUCACCCACAGGCCGACAUGAUACAAGAGGACAUCCGGCAGCUUAAGGAACGUCUGAUCAGCCAGAGGAAGAAACACGACCAGAUCUACAAUCAGAAGGUCGCAAUACUGGACGCCCCAAAGGUCAACUGGGGGAAAGUCAUCGAUGAUAAGAUGGACCAGCUGAACAGCGCCACAUUCGCCACCGAUCUGCCCAACUUAGAGAACCAGAUAAUGGAGCACAACAUGUUCCACAAUGAGGUGAAGGCCCUCGGAGAUCACGUCAACAAGGACACAGACAAGGAGUACAUCAGCGGCCUACAAGUGAAAUACCAAAAACUCUUGUCCGCCUCCCAGAAACGGCAGCGGGAUCUGAGCACCCUGCAGGAUUAUAUGCAGCGCUGCACCAACGAGCUCUACUGGCUGGAUCAACAAGAGAAGGAACGCAUGGAGUAUGACUGGAGCGACCGCAACAACGACUACAUCAGCCGCAGGAGACAGUAUGAGAACUUCAUCCAAAGGAGUCUGGAAUCCAAGGAACAAGAAAUCAACAAACUCCAGGAGGAGGGAGAAAAGCUCUUGGCUGACGGACAUCCGGCCAAAAUCCCCAUAGAGGCUCACAUGGACGCCGUCCACGCUGACUGGAAGGAAUAUCUAAACCUCUUGAUCUGCGAGGAAAGUCACCUAAAGCACAUGGACGACUACCACCAGUUUUACCGUGAUGCCAAGGACACUCAAGACCUCCUCAAGAAGGUGGACAGUGACCUAGACCACAAGUACAACCCUGACUUCAAGGACAGCUACCAGAUCGAAGCCCAGCUACGUGAGCUAGAGGACCAGGACAAAGCUCUGGAUAAAUAUGACGAAGUGGUACGUUCCUUACAGUCCCGCAGUCACCAGGUCCUACCCCUGAAGUUCCGUCGGGAGACGCCACUCAAACCCAUCCCGGUGGAGGCCGUGUGUGACUUCUACUCCGAGGAGGGGGAGAUUACCCGAGGAGCCCAAUACACCCUAAAGGCCAACAGGGGUGAGAAGUGGGAGGUGAUAGACAGCAAUGGCAAGAAGCUGGUGGCCCCAGGGGUCUGCUUCACCAUCCCCCCCACCGACCCCGAGGCCCUGACCACCGCAGAGAGUACUUUCAACCAAUACCGGAGCACUAAGCAGAAGGCAUCGGGCUGUAAGAACGCUUUGGUCCAGCGUUGCGAUGAUCUCAAGAGAGAGUCUAAAGCUACCACCAAUGCCCAAGACUCCCAGGGACGUCACCUGCUCGCGGGAAUGGACAGAAUUAUCACUGAUCUAGACAGACAGGAGAAAUCUAUCAGCUCCUACCUGCGUCCACCUGUGGAGCAGAACCGCGCCACGCAAGACACUUCCGAACGACUGAAUGAACUGAAGAACAUUGCCAAUAACGUGCGGCGUAUUGAGCCGGAGAAAUCCCAGCGGGUCCAGGAUUGUGAGGUCUAUAUGUCCAAGACUCCAGAAUCUCAAAGCGCUCCCAUCCUACGAAGCAAAAUCAAUGAGACCAACAAGAAGUACGACAGGGUGAAUGACCUCCUGACCUCCGCACAGGACAAGAUUGAGGCAUCCAAUCGCCUGGAGAGCAGCUUACAGAAGAGCAGAGACCUUCUUUCUGCAUACGAGACCAAGCUGUGCCAGGAUGACACUGUACCAGAAGACCCACGCACUGCGGACAAGAAGCUGCAGGAGUUAUCUGUAAUGAGCUCAGAGCUCCAGCAGGGAAGAGGUGUCCUUGCGGAAGCCGAGCAAAACCUUCACAACAGUAAACUGAGCUGCCAAAACCUUGCCAAUCGUUUCCAGGAGCACUGUCCAGAUAUCGAGCGCCAAGAAGGGGAGGUGUCCAAGCUUAACCAACGUUACUCUCAACUCGAUCAGCAGAUCCAAAGCAGGUCUCAGGGCCUGCAGAAAGCUAAAACGGCUUAUAGCAACUACCGCAACAGCUACGACCAGCUCGAUAGCUGGAUGCAGAACCUGCCCAACUAUGAGCCCAAGGACACAGACAGCGUCAACCAAGUGGAAACCAAGCUGAAGAACCAAAGGCUUCUCUUGGCUGGGAUAGCAGAUCGGGAGCAUGACUUGGAACAUGUGAACAAGAGUGCCCAGCAGUAUCAACAAGCUGUGAAGGACUAUGAACUUGAUACGGAAAAGCUGAGGUCAGUUCUGGAUAUGGAGAACCGCAGGAAUACCUACAACCGAAGGUCCAGGGUGCUGUCACCAGCCAACAAAGUGAAGGAAGAGGAGGCUGAUUUAUCUUCUAGAUUCACAGAGGCCAGUGCUGUCAAUAAACAGAGGUUACAGACCCUGGAGUUUGCGCAAAGCCUCUUACGCCAGCAACCCGAGGUGGAAGUGCGAAAUGAGACAGUCCAGAUGACCCGUUCAGAGAGGCCUGCCGAAGAGACCUGGAAAAUCAAAAAUAUGUUGGAUGAUGAAAUCCAGCGUCGGCAGCAACUGGAAUCGGAGAUCAGGAGCUCUCAAGAGGAAAUAAUCUUCCUUCAGAAUCAAAAACCUCAGGAGACCAUAGUCAAGAAAGAGGUCUUGAAAAAAGUUCCAGAUCCGCAACUUGAAGAAGAGUACCACAAAGUUCUUGAGAAAGUUUCAGAAGAACAGCGCCGAAACAAGUCUUUGCAGGAUGAACUGGACUCCUUGAGGAUCAAGAUAAGAUCACUGGAAUAUGAGCAGAAGGAAGGUGGACAGCAAUACAUAGUCAAAGAGGUCUUGAGGAUUGAGAAAGACAAAGAGCAGCAGGAAGAGUUCCUAAGACUCAAAGAAGAGUUGGAGGAGUUAAACAGGCAAAAGGGGAUGAAAAAGAAUGAGAUUUCCAGCUUGAAGGAGCGCAUCUUCAUCUUGACCGAAGAGAAGAACAAGCCUCAGGAGAAAGUGACAGAGAAAGAAGUGGUGAAACUUCAGAAUGAUCCUCAGCUAGCUUCAGAAUAUAGGGCACUUCAAGAGAACAUGCAAAGAGAGAAUUCUCUGCGGCAGAAAGAAGAAGAGGAGCUACAGUUGCUCCAGGAGAAACUGAAGCGCUUAGAAAAAGAGCGAGCCAUGGCUGAAGGUAAAAUCACAGUAAAGGAAGUGCUGAAGGUGGAAAAGGAUCAUGCCUCUGAGAGAGAAGUAGCUGAUCUCCGCAGGCAGUACGAAGACGAGUCGUCAAGGAUACGUAUAACCCAACGUGAGAAGAAUGAGCUGAUUCGUAAGAUAAACAUCUUACAAGAAGAAAAUGCCAAGGUUAUUGUCCAGGAGAAAGUACGUGAGAUUGUUCGGCCAGAUCCCAAGGCGGAGAGUGAGUUAGCCAACUUGCGUCUGGAACUUAUUGAGCAAGAAAGGAAACUGCGAGCUGCAGAGGAGCAAGUGAAAGCUCUCCAGAGUGAGGUAACAACCAUAAAAUCACGCGGCCCACAAGUAGAAGUGAAAGAAAUAACAAAAGAAGUCAUUAAGCACAAGACUGAUCCAGAACUUAUAACAGAGCUCGAAAGACUACGUCAAGAAAUCUUGGAGAAGACGAGGGUAGUUGAACGAUCAGAGCUGGAGAUCACUCAGCUAAAACAAGAGAUACAGAGCUGGAUUGAUACCAAACCUCAGAUACAGAUUAAAGAGGUAGUUCAGGAAGUCUUGCAAUAUCGUGAAGACCCCGCCACCAAGAAUGAGGUAGAAACCUUGCGAUCCAAGUUGGCGGAAGAGCAGAGGAAGCGCUUGGAUCUCGAACGUGAAAGAAUGGCCCAAGAAGACAAGAUAAGACAGAAAGAAAGAGAGCUCUCGCAAGUGAGAGAGAAGGUUGUCCAACAGGAGGUUGUAAAGUAUGAAGAAGAUCCUUUACUGAAGUCUGAGGUUAACACUUUAUCAAAGAAUAUAGAAAGUGAGUUGAAGCAAAAGGAUCAACUGGAAGAAGAGCUGCGAAAGUUACAGUAUAGAAAAUCUGAGCUUGAGCGUCAGCUGGAGGAACUAGAAAGAGAGAGACAGGCUAGACGUGAGGCAGAGCUAGAAAUCCAGCGUCUUAAAAUCCGGUUGAGUGAGCUGGAACAAAGAGAGGUUGAAACCAAAGAAAAAGUUACGUUGAAGCAAAAAGUCGUCCUACAACAAGACCCUCAGCAAGAGAAGGAACACAAUUUGCUUAAACUUCAAUUGGAAGAAGAAAAACACAGAAGGCAGAUUCUUGAGACUGAGCUGGAGGCACUAAGGAAGAAGCUUGUAAGCUUGGAGAAGAUGGAGAUGAAGGAGAAAGUUGUCUUCACAGAAAAAAUAGAAGUAGAGAAGGACCCAGAGACAGAACAGGAAAUAAAAAGACUUAAGUCAGCAUUGGAUGAAGAAGGAAAGCGCAGAGCACAGUUCGAAUCCGAUGUAGAACGUCUCCAAAAUCAGCUGUCAGAGGUCGAAUUCAGCAACUCAAAAUCCAACAAGGAGCUUGAAUAUCUGCGGGAAGAAGUCCACAAACUACAGAUGGAGAGGCAAAGUCUGCAGCUGGAGGUCCGUCACUUGCAGUCCGAGAUUGAGAUUACAAUAAAGGAGGCACAAGGUCUGAGAAGCCUAACUCAGGUGGACAGUGGUACAAAUCUCGACUCCCGCCUAUCCUCCCUGGAAGAAGAACUUCGGGAACUGAAGAAAAUUUCUCAAGAUAAAGAUGCAGAAAUUGAACAACUUCAGAAACGUUUUGAAACCAUGCAAAUUAAGAGGGAACAGAGAGAGAACCAUCUACGUCGUUCCAUUGUAGUCAUCGAUCCAGAUACCGGCAAGGAAAUGUCACCAGAAGAAGCUCGUAAAUUAGGUCUCAUUGACUGGAAGAUGUUUGUCAACUUACAAAGUCAAGAAUGCGACUGGGAAGAAACCACCAUAAAGGGGCCAAAUGGUGACUCCUCUGUGAUCCACGACAGGAAGUCCGGCAAGAAGUUCAAUAUUGAAGAUGCUUUGAGGAGUGGGCGUAUCACGCAACGUCAGUACGAAAAAUACCUCAACAAAGAGAUGUCCAUCCAAGAAUUUGCAGCCUUAGCUUCCGGAAAGAAGUAAUCUUUGUGGUUACCUAGGCGCCGCUCUCUGCGCCCUUAACAUAGACUUUAAACCAGAUAUAGCUGCCCUUUGGUCUGUUGCCUUCAUCAAUAGCAGAACUUCUAUGCUUCUGUUAUUCUUGGUUGACCCAUGUAGAGGAGAUAUUUUGCCAAGAUAGUGCCAUGGUGUCCAUAAAGUUCUCCAAAGUUGAAGGUUAUGGGAGAGCCUUGACAAGUCUUAAGAGCCUGAAGGAACUUCAAAAGCAUGCAGGAACUUCCAACUGUAUUGGAGCCUGUGCAUGUUCUGCCAAGAUGGAGGCCGUUCUACUAAAGCCAUAGAGGUCUCUGUAAAGUCUGAUUCACCAGCAUCUGCACAACUUUAUGGAAGGUACCAAACCGCUGCCCUGUCCAAAAGCAAAGUAUUCUAAAGCCAAAGCACUAACUAAAGCAUCUUUAAAGUAACAUGCACUGAAAAGUGGAGAUUGUAGUAUAAAGCCAAACCACAGAGGCGUUCUCCUUUAUGCCAUAAAAGAGCAAUUACAAAUAUUCUAUAUAUAUAUAUAUCUGUUAUAUGUCAUUUGGUAUAUGGUUUAGAUUUAGCACAUUUUCAUGCUGUCUUGUUACAAAUUUACUGUGGUGCCUUACUAACCCUCCCCCUUCCCCCAAUAUGAGGAUGUGGACCUCAGCCACAAUGCAAAUCCUGGUUUCUAUAUGUCUUUCAUAUAUUUCUGAGUGGGGAAAGGGAAAUAUGGGAAAUGUAUUUUAUUUAUGAUAAAGCUAAAUAAAGAUGCGGUGGUUUUGAA